AACAAAUCCCCAGACCUCGCGCACCUAAACCCUAGUGGCCUUAUCUAUUGGAUGGGUCUGGUUUCUGUUCGAGUUCUUGCGCAAUGGCUUCUUCAGUGACCUCCAUGAGCUUCAGCAGUUGGAGAUGCAGGGAAACUAUUUCUCCCCAACCUCGCAGCACCCUCUCUACUCCUUGUACCAGCAAGAGGACGUGCUUGUGGGUCUCCUGUAGCAGUACAAGAAGCCCUCCUCAUGAAUUUCAAGAAGAAGAAGUUGCAGAGCCGUGGAAGAAAAUUAGGGUUGGGUCUGUGAAUUAUGACACAGGGAGCCAUGAACUGAGGACCCAAAUCAGUGGGUUGCGCUUAGAAGAUGCCCCGAAACGUUACUAUUGUCGAAUGGCUGGGAGGAGGAGGGAGAGAGACUGGAGCAUCAGUGAUGUGGUUGAGAAUGUUCUCUCUGUAAACCAUUGGGAAGACAUUGAUGGGGUCCUCAAUCAUUGGUCUGGUCGUUUCUGUCGCAAGAAUUACCCUGUUCUUAUUCGAGAGAUAACUAAUGCUGGUUCCCUUGAACACAGUAUUCGUGUUUUCCAAUGGAUGAAGAAUCAGAAAACCUAUUGUGCUCGAAAGGAUAUCUAUAAUAUGAUGAUCAGGUUGCAUGCUAGACAUGAUCGAGUUGAUCAAGCACGGGGCCUAUUUUUUGAGAUGCAAGAAUGGAGGUGUAAACCUGAUGUGGAAACUUACAAUGCUCUAAUUAAUGUCCAUGGGCGUGCUGGUCAAUGGCGUUGGGCAAUGAAUAUAAUGGAUGAUAUGUUGCGGGCAGCUAUUCCUCCUAGUCGUUCUACCUACAACAACCUGAUUAAUGCUUGUGGGUCUAGUGGACAAUGGAAGGAGGCUCUAAAGGUUUGCAAGAGCAUGACGGACAAUGGGGUGGGACCCGACUUGGUAACUCACAAUAUCAUUUUAUCUGCUCUUAAAAAUGGGCAUGAGUAUUCCAAAGCUUUAUCCUAUUUUGAACUGAUGAAAGGGACAAACAUCCGUCCUGAUACGGUCACACUUAAUAUAGUCAUACACUGCCUUGUUAAAUUAGGGCAAUACAAAAGUGCUUUCAAUACUUUCAACUCAAUGAGGGAUAGAAAAUCAGAAUGUCAACCUGAUAUUGUUACUUUCACCAGCAUUAUUCAUGCAUAUUCUGCAUGCGGUGAAAUAUCAAGUUGCAGGGCAACAUAUGACACAAUGAUUGCUGAAGGUAUGAAGCCUAAUAUUGUUGCAUAUAAUGCACUAAUGGGUGCUUAUGCUUCAUGUGGAAUGCACGAGGAUGCUCUCUCUGUUUUCAACUUGAUCAAAGAGGCUGGUUUCCGUCCUGAUAUUGUAACAUAUACCUCUUUGAUUAAUGCCUAUGGUAGAUCAGGGCAACCGGUGAGGGCCCGUAGCAUCUUUGACAAGAUUAAGCGAAACUCUUUGAAGCCGAAUGUUGUGAGUUAUAAUGCACUGAUUGAUGCAUAUUCAUCUAAAGGAUUGUUGACUGAGGCUUUUGAAGUGUUGCAUGAAAUGGAUAAAGAUGGAGUGAGACUAAAUACUGUUACAAUUUCUGCUCUGUUAGCGGCUUGCGGUCGUUGUGGUCGAACCAUUGAAAUUGAUCCUAUCCUAAUGGCAGCCAGUUCAGAAGGAAUUGUGUUAAACACAAAUGCAUACAAUGCAGCCAUUGGAAGCUUUGUGGAUGGUGGUGAGUAUGAGAAAGCGUUAAGCCUGUUUGAAUCUAUGAAAGAAAAGAGGGCUAAACCUGACUCUGUUACUUUCAAUAUCCUGAUCAGUGGGUCAUGUAAGAUGGGAAAAUAUGAUAAAGCCAUCAAAUUUUUUGGGACUAUGAUGGCUUUGAGAAUUCCUUUGUCUAAGGAGGUGUAUUCAUCAGUGAUCUAUGCCUACAGCAAACAGGGUCAAUUAGAAGAAGCCGAGUCUCUCUUUAGCGAGAUGAAGAAAACUGGUUGUCUCCCUGAUGUUGUCACCUAUACCACCAUGAUCCAUGCUUAUACUGCAGAAGAAAUGUGGACAAAGGCAUGCUCUCUGUAUGAAGAAAUGGAGGUAAAUGGUAUUCAACCUGAUACAAUUGCUUGCUUGGCUCUUAUGAAAGCUCUCAAUAGAGGUGGCCGCCCAAGCAUGGUUCUCCAUUUGGCAGACGUGAUGAGGGAGAAAGGAAUUCCUUUCAAUGAAUCUGCAUUCUUUAACAUGAUAUCUGCUGGCAGCAUGCUACAAGAUUGGACCUCACUUGUUAAACUAACCAAAGAUAUUGAAUCUUUGUUACCAAAAGUUUCAACUGGGCUUCUCAACCACCUUUUGCGUUCAUUGGGGAAAAGUGGAAAGGUGGAGGGAAUGAUAAAGCUAUUUUACAAAUUUGUUGAAUCCAGCAUGGACCUUCCAUUUGGAACUUACUCAAUUUUGCUGAAGGGUCUUUUGGGCGCUGGGAAGUGGAGAAAGUACCUAGAGGUUUUACAAUGGAUGGAGGAUUCAAAUUUACAGCCAUCACUUGAAAUGUAUAGGAAAGUUCUUCCUUAUGCAUGGACCGAUAAAAGUAUGAAUUGUGCCUCUUUUAUUCAAAGAAAAAUAGAUUCCAUUCAGAGAUCAGAACACUAAGGGAAUUUUGUGAGGAAUGGAUGAUCAUCAUUCUUACACAAUCCAUGGAUGCACAUAAUUGAAGCAUCAGCCAACCCAAAAAUGCAAUUCAUACAGAUUGAAUUGUACAUAUGCAGCAUCAAGGUUUUACCAUCCAGAAAUAUUACAUCAGAAACGCGGGGAUUCUGAUGUCAAGAUGGGGGAAUAAGCCUGAUUUCUUGUGUAUAAGAGCUAGUCUUCAAAAGAUUCAUGGGAAGUCUGUAUCCUAAUUGAAAGUGUACUUGAGUCGCUGUAAAAUCUUUUUGUACUCAUAUAUCAAUAUAUAUUUCUUCAAUUUAAGUUC